AUGGCUAGUGAGGAGAGUUUUGUGGUGUUGGUUCACCACAGAAGAUUGAUUAAGAGGAAGACACGUUCCGGUGUGAAGUUCACUGAUAAGGAUUCUCUUUGUAUUAUCAUGAGGCCUACGGUAAGGUACGAUGACCUUGUUAGCACGGUGCUGAUGAAACUGGGUCUGGAUGGUAUGAAACGGAUUAAGAAGUUCUUCUAUCGCAUUCUGAUCACGGUGCUCCAAGCCACCGUGAAGUAUGAUUGUUUCACGAUCAGGAGUGAUGAAGACUUGAAGGUCAUGUUUCAAUGUCGCUGUCAGUUUCCGAAAGUGAGGACACCAGAGCUGUUGGCAAAGUUGGUUGAUGUGGUAUCGAACUCGGGGGAUUCGAACUGGAAUACCACCACUUUAGCCACGGUAGCCGGUUCUAACUCCAGACCUGCCGUUGCUUCUACAUCUGUUCCUGCGUACGAGCCACCCAUCCAGCUUGUCCCUCCCCUUCCUUCGCUGUUGAUCUCAACGUGUGCUGCACCGGGUGGGGUUGGAGAGAAAUUUUUGGAUGAUCCAGAGGACGAUGAUGUCGAGCCGGAUAUGAUUGAUGAUGACAGUGGCGAUGAUAUCGGAGCGAGUGAUUCUGCUGGGGCGGGAGGUGGUUCUAGCUUUGGCACACAGUAG